UAUUGAAGUGGAAUCCGUUAACUGACUAUUUACCACUUCAUUUGUGGCUUCUGCCGUGGAUUCCGCUUAUGUGUGACCGCAUGAACGCCUUGUACCAGCCCAUUCAGCAGAAACUCUCCAACGCGUUAGAAUACUGGAACCCUUCCGAUCAAUCCGCUCACGCCCUUCUAUCCCAGUGGAAAGAAAUAUUUCCGCCGAAGGACAUGGAGCGCUUGUUGCUGCAAAGCAUCGUUCCCAGGCUGCACAAAGCUCUCAUGGGAUUCGUUAUUAAUCCCAGAAACCAGACCCAUAUUGACCUGUUCCGCAGUGUUAUGCAGUGGCACGACAUUGUUCCCGCGAAGCACAUGUGUCUACUGCUAGAGCAUGAGUUUUUCCCCAAGUGGACUUCCGUUUUGGUUAACUGGCUUAACUGCACUCCGAACACUGAGGAAGUGGCCAACUGGUACGUUGGCUGGAAAGCGAUGAUUCCCGAACAACUUGCUGUUCAUGCUCCCAUUCAGAACCGUUUUCGCACAGCCAUCGAGUGCAUGAAUGCUGCUGCUUUGGGCAAGCCAGUACAAAUGCCUCAACAUACCAUUGAGAGCUUCAAGUAUUUUGAAGACGUGCAAAAACAAGAAGACGCAAAAGUGAAGCUUAUGAACCAAAGAAAUAAAAUUCUAAUGCAAGAUCAUUCGUCCAACAUUACCUUCACCGAUGUCAUAUCCAAAAUGGCCGAACGGAAUGAUAUUCUUUUCCGGCCGCUUGAAAAGUUUAAAAAUGGAAACAAACUAUAUAUGUUUGGUAUUUUUCCUAUUUAUAUAGAAAGAAAUGUUGUUUUUGUGCAAGAAAAUGAAACUUUUAUUCCCGUUGCUGUUGAUAAGUUGAUUGAAAAAGUAAAAAAAACAUAA